AUUUUCUCUUUCUCCCUUCGGAUUGUUUAAUGGAAAAGUGAAUUGAAUCUGAAUGUACCUAUCUUUUAAAAAGCAGAUGGCUGUGAAUGUUGCAUGCUGGUGAGCAGGGGCACAGGCUUUUGGGGGAGAGCAGGGCUUUGAUUUCAGCAGAAAGCGAUGCUGCCGAAGGGGAUGUUUAAUCGGGCAGAUUUUGCAGUUGCGCUGGAGCAGGAAUGUGGUGUUUGCAGUGUGGAAUCUGCAGCUUUAGGAACCGCCACGAUUUUUCGUGCGGCUGCAUAGAUGGGUCUGUGCAUAUGUGAACAUAGGUCUAGCCUGUGCAGUGUGCAGUGUGUGUGCCUCUUCUAUUUAUAUGUGCAUCCUUUAAAUGCACGCUACAGUCUGCUGUGUAGUGUUUGAGCCUGAGAGCGAAGAAUAGGGAUGUUAUUUUAAGACUUAAAUGAUUUAUUUUUAGAAAGCUGCUGGUUGGGAAGCCUUGUCGAGUGUAGACCUAAGCAUGCCUCUUUCUCUCACUGGAUUGUGCUUUUAGUCUCAUUCUGAAAACGGAUGCACUUUUAUUUGCUGGCUGUUUGGGGGAGAUGAAGUGCCAUUUCUCAGCUGCCUGUCUGCGCUGUUCUUUGACUGUUGCUCUUUGACUGAUCUGAGAGGGGCCUGUCCGAGGCCUGGGGAGCUGGAGAGAGAUUUUUAGGGAGGAAGUAAAAGUUUACAAUGGAUCUUGGUUUGAAAGUUGGAGAAGGGGAGGAAUCUAGUUAGGCCCCAGCACUGCAGCCAACAGCCUCUCGGGAUGGGCUCACUGCUCUCUGAUUUUGGGGCAUUUUGGGUAAAAUAUUAUAAUUUUUGCUUUGGGCCAGAUAUUCCUAAAUGGUAUAGACCAGUCCCAUUUCUGAAGCCAGUCCUCUGACUUCACUGGGGAUCAUCAUUUGUGGGGUGCUUUCUGUGUAUUUGGGAUGUGUAUUGGGGUGUGUGUGAAGUUAUCCUCCUUGUCCCCUAUAGAAACACAUCUUGCGUGCAGCGUCUGUACUCUGCUAGAUCUGGAGAUGGACAGAUAUGAGGGGAAGCAGCGACAGUUCGGACAGAGGAUGGCGGAGCCUCGCUUUAACAACCCCUACUUCUGGCCUCCCCCUCCCACCAUGCCCAGCCAGGGGCCUGUUGCUACCAGCACAGGGGGUCAGUGGGGCAGCCUUGGGCAGUGGAGGCAGCACAGCACGCAGUGCUGGUUGACAGUGUGGGGCAGGAGCCCAGAGCCACAUACUCGUGCCUCGGGGCAGGCCUCGGGGCAGGCCGUGGGGAUGUCAGACAUGUCGGAGGCAGCAUCCAGCCCCCAACAGGCACAGCGGAGCCCCCCUGAGCAGCUGGACAACCUGGUUCUGAUCAAUAAGAUCAAGGAGCAGCUGAUGGCAGAGAAGAUCCGGCCCCCACACCUGCCGCCCACCUCGGUCUCCUCCCAGCAGCCCCUGCUGGUGCCUCCCUCGCCCGCCGAGAGCAGCCAGUCCAUCAUGUCGCUCCCCAAGCUGCAGCAGGUCCCCGGGCUGCAUCCACAGGCUGUUCCCCAGCCCGAUGUGGCCCUGCAUGCCCGGCCGGCCACCAGCACCGUCACAGGGUUAGGGCUGGCCUCCCGCGCCCCGGCAGUCAGCACCUCAGAGACCAGCACAGGCACGGGCACCGGCACCAGCACGCCCUCCACCCCCACCUCCACCAGCCAGAGCAGACUCAUCGCCUCCUCGCCCACCCUUAUCUCAGGGAUCACCAGCCCACCCCUCCUGGACUCCAUCAAGACAAUCCAGGGCCACAGCUUGCUGGGGGCGCCCAAGUCGGAGCGCGGGCGGAAGAAGAUCAAGGCUGAGAACCCGUCGGGGCCGCCCGUCCUGGUGGUGCCCUACCCCAUCCUGGCCUCAGGCGAGACUGCUAAAGAGGGGAAAACCUACAGGUUGGGACACAAGCGGUGCAAAGUCUGCCCCCUGACCUUCUUCACCAAGUCGGAGAUGCAGAUCCACUCCAAGUCGCACACCGAGGCCAAACCCCACAAGUGCCCACACUGCUCCAAGUCCUUCGCCAACGCCUCCUACCUGGCCCAGCACCUGCGCAUCCACCUGGGCGUGAAGCCCUAUCACUGCUCGUACUGUGAGAAGUCCUUCCGCCAGCUCUCCCACCUCCAGCAGCACACCAGAAUUCACACUGGUGACAGACCCUACAAGUGCCCGCACCCCGGCUGUGAAAAGGCUUUCACGCAGCUCUCCAACCUCCAGUCUCACCAGCGACAGCACAACAAGGACAAACCCUACAAGUGUCCAAACUGCUACCGGGCGUACACGGACUCAGCCUCACUGCAGAUCCACCUCUCGGCACACGCCAUCAAACACGCCAAGGCCUACUGCUGCAGCAUGUGUGGCAGGGCCUAUACCUCGGAGACGUACCUGAUGAAGCACAUGUCCAAACACACCGUGGUGGAGCACCUAGUGAGCCAGCACUCGCCUCAAAGGACGGAGUCACCCGGCAUCCCAGUGCGGAUCUCACUCAUCUAACCCGGGGCUCCCUCCCUCUACCCCGCGCAGCCCUCCCUCCCUCCAGUUCCAGAUCGUCGGGGCGAGGGAGCAGCUUGGAGACGGUCACGAGAACCACCCCCAGCACCACCGCCGGCGCCCAGGCCCGCUGGGCAGCGGGCACGACAGCAGCGAGCCGCAUUCGUGGGAGAAACAAAUGCAUUUGUAUUUGGCCCUGGUCCCUCCCAUGCCCCAUGGGGAUGCCGGGACCCAGCCCGCAGUUUUGGUGACAUCCAAAGACGAUUUCAGAGCACUUUGAAUCUCUGUGUUUGGUUUCUUCUUUCUUUUGUUCCCAUUUGUUUCUCUGCCCCUCCCCUGGCCACUCCUUCCCUUUCUUCUCAUUUUGGAUACAAAUAUAUAUCUAUUUAUUGGCCAAGAAGUUGGUGCUGCUAGAACAGAAAAUCAAACCCGGACACAAACUCGCUGGAGGCCGCGGGGCAGGGCAGGACCCAGGGCCAGGCGCUCGGGCUCCCCCACCGUCACUCUCAGGAGCCCCUGGGACAUGACCACGGCUCGGUGGAGGGCCGGCUCUUGGCAUCGCUGACCUCUCCUGGACUCCUUAGGAGCCGCUGUGAGGCCGGCGAGAGGAGAGAGGGUUCAUCUGUUGGCUGGAGAGUGAGAGCCCGCGCAGGCAGAGAUGGGCAUGCAAGCAGUGGCCUGGUGCCAGGCCUGCCAAGCAGCACUGCAGGAGGGAGACCUUUGUCCCGGUACCUCUGUCCCUGGAGCACGUGCUUCCACCCUGCCGUCCAGCUGCUUUGGGACACCGGCUGCUUCCUUUCACGUACCUCAUGCUGUUGGUGCUGUGCUGUAUUCGCCCACCUGCCCCACGGCACAGGCAGGGCUGUGGGCCAUGCACGCGCCCCCCUGGCCGCGCUGGGGCUCCCCGUGCUGCCCGUGCUGAGGCUGAGGUAAGUGCGGGCCACUGGAGGACUCAAUUGGUGCUCGGCCGGGCUGCAGCCAGGGCUGUGUAAGCCAGGGGGCAAGAGCAGGAUGUGCAGGGCGAUUCAGAGGCACAGCCCACAGAGCCGACACCUCCCAGUGCAGGCGCCGUUGGCUGUGCGUGGCCGUGGCCGUGGCCGUGGCGGGCUGGAGUCCCAGCGUGCCGUGCUUCCUUCUGUUUGACCCAGGCAACCUCCAGCCCGAUCCAGACAGGGCAUGGCCCGCUGUGGACAGGGGUCUCUGCAAGCCGCGCCUCCUUGGUAGAGACAAGGGAGGGCACCGUGUGCAGGGCAGUGUUUGGCCGGCCCAGGAGCCGGCCAGCCUGGGAGCAUCCCCACCCCUCCUAGGCCACUGUCCCUGCCACGUUGGCACGAGCAGGGCAGGCGCUCGGGCACGGUGUGGAGGAGAGAGCUACAAGUGGGAGCAUGGGGCUGGUAGCCGCUCACAUCCUGCCCCCCGGCCCUGCUGGGGUAACUAGAGCUGUCUGCAGGCCCGUGCUCAGAGGAGAUGCAUGUGCCCAGGACAGGGGAGCAUGAGCAUGAUUCUGCUCCCCGCGGGUGCUGAGCUAUGUGAGCUGCCCCGGGUGAGCUGAGCGAGGCGGCAUGGGGACGGAAGGACAGGAAGCGAGUGCCCGCGAAAGGGGAGCCAGCUCUUUGUGAAGCCGGUAGCCCUCCCGCGCCCUCUGCCAACAGGGCUGCAGACCAGGAAUGUCUCCGUGCCCCAGAGACGUGCAGGAUGAUGGAGCCCUGAGCAGGUGGUGCCCCAGCCCCUCCGCACUAGGUCCCCUCCUCUCCAUUGUCUGUGUCCCUGGCACAGCUCCAGGGCACAUCCCCUGCACUGCCAGAGGAGUCACAACAUGCCUGUCUGGUCCGGCUGCCAGGUGCCACCCCACAAGCAGCCAGGCCCUGGGCCACUGCAGCGUCCAGGCCCUGCAGACAUGGAGGUUGGGGGUGGCUGGAUGGCUCUUGCAGGUCGUGCUUGCACCUCCCUAUUGUGGUUGGGAUGAGGAGAAACUGCUGAUGGUGCGGAGAGCCCCGGAGACCAGCUGGCCAGGGCAGCCCGUGCGUUGGGUGGCUGCCGGCAGCGAGCAGGAGGCCUCCGGGGUCAGGCACAGGGUCCUUUGAGCCUAGCCCCGCUUCAAAACCACUUUUGAUCCCCGUCGAACCCUCUCCACAAGCUGAGCCACCUCCCGCCAUGUUCAAACCGGGUCCCAGCGCCCAGCUGCAUGUGGUCUGACUGGUUGAGCAUAACCCACCCAUAACCCAGCUCUCUCCAUGCUAGAAUCCAGAUUGAAAAUGGCUGAGCAGGGCAAAGCGGCUGUUUCCAAAUACUGCUGUGGUCAGUAUAGCUCUGCUGGGGCCUGCACUUGUGAUCAGCUGGGGCUGACCCAGCUGCCAUGGGCUCAGGAGGGCGAGGGCAGGCUCUUGGGGGAGUCUAAGUAUGAAUGCAGCUCCCAGGGUCCGUGGAACAGGCUGGCGCUCUCCUGAAUGAGCACAGGGACCAGCGGGGAGCAGAUCUCCCGCGGCUGCACCUGGGACCCAAGGACCGUCUCGCCUGCUCUGCCCUGGGUGCUCAGAGGGGGCUGCUCGCUGUCCUGGGCCGUGUCGGUCUUCCCCUCCACUGUACCGGCCACACCUGGUGGACUUUGGCUCCAGGGGCAGUUGGGCUGAGGGUGACUGGCACCAGGUGCCCGCCUCGCCUCUGCGGAGGCCAAGCAGAGCUGCCAACAGCCCCCUCCAGUCCCAGGGAAGGGGAUGCAGCAAUAAGGAGGUGCAGGGGGCAGUGCCCACCCUGACUGCUGGAGAGCCCAGCACCACUGCAGCCCAGCUGGUGGCACUGGCUGCGGGCGCUGGUUCUCCAGCUGAGCCUCUCCCAGGCCUUGGUGUGAGACGCACUCCCCCCCACCCCCAGUCCCAGCGGGGCUGUGCCAGGUCUCUCGCAAAGGACCUACCAGAAGACGGGUCCUCUAGCCGCAGGGGUCUUUAAAAGCAGAAGAGGUCCUCCUGCCCCAGGGGAGGGGACGUGCCUCUCGGCCCCCAGCACUGACUCCGCAGUCCGGGUUUCCCGCCACGCAGGUGACACGGACUCCCCGAUUUGGCAAGCAGACUGGCUCCUCUCCACAUGCUUGCAAAGCCAUGCCCGCCCUGAGCGCGUGUACAUAGGACCUGUGUACAGAGAAGGAAGAACAGCCCCACCUCCCAGAAAGACUAGACAAAACUCAUAUAUAUUAUGUACUCUUCGGUUCCGUUUUGGAUAUUAACUGUGUUAUUUUUUUAUACACUUUUUAAGCCUUAACUAUAUCAUUGUUUUACCAGGUUGUUUGUUUAUUGCCUACUCCUCUGUUUAUUAAUUUGAACCUCUUUUUAUUCCUCGGCCCUGUCCCCUGCUCUUUGUUUCUGACGUGAUGUUGUACGAUAUUCAAUAUUGUAACCUUUUUUGUCAGCAUGUUAAUACCGUGUAAAUAGGCCUCUUAUACAUACUGUUAACACAUCUCUUUUUUUUUUGUUUGUUUCCUUUUUUUUCUAUAUGAGAAUCCAGGCCACAUGUCUCUAGAGCUAGUUAAUACCUUAUUAAAAAAAGAAAAAGGAAAAAAAAAGCCCCCCCUCCCCUGUUUCUGUCUUGCAUUGUGGUGAGUGGGAAGCCCUGCAGAGGCUGUGGCUUCCCAAUGGAAAGUUUGCAUUAUGUUUAAAAUCCAGCCAACUGACCGGCCGGCGUCAGGAAAAAAAGAAAAAGAAUUUUGCUCUUUGUAUUUCUCUGUUGUGAAAAAAAUAAACUGUACAUGCAAACUCCUGA